AUGUCCUCCUCCAGUACCAAGCGCAUCACCCGCUCGAUGAGCACCCGCGCUGCCAAGCGCAGAUGCAUACACAAAGAGCUCGCCAAUGCCGGGGUCGAGGCCACACCUUUUGCCGUCCAAACCAUCUUCCAGAUCCCAGAGCUGCUCGACAAGCUCCCUCCUUCAAGCCUCGUGAAGCUCCGAGCCACCUCCAGUGACAUGCGAUCCGUCCUCUCGACAAAGUCGGUCGGCAUCCGCAUAUGGGCCGCAUGGUUCAACGCCAAGUACGACACCGAGCUCCUCCCGAACGAUUGCGCUGCGCUGACCCAGUACUUCCCCACUGAAUGGCGUCCCUACACCCUCAAAUGGAUCAAGUCGAUCCCGAACUCUGUGGUUUCGGCAGAGUUUGUCCGACUCGUCAGCUGCAGGGGAAUGCACGAUGACCAAUGGGUUUCGAAAUGCCAAACUUGCGUUGAAGCCAAGCACGUCCCAACGGCCAUGUGGAUAUUGAUCCACCGCCGGCUGAACGUGUCGCUGCAGUCCCAAAGUCUCACCAUCCUGCUCGACGAAUGCAAGCGAACCGACUCCGAGUCGCUCAUAAAGUUCAUCAUCGACAAUGGGACGAGACUGAUGCAGUCCAGAUAUCCCAAAGUCCGCGUCCAGUUCUGUGAGUGGCUCAAGACCAUGGAGUCUACUCAUGUAGAUGCCCGGUACAAGCUCUACGAAUGCUACCGCUAUGGCUAUGGCACUGGGAAUGCGCAAUGCAACGCCACACCCUCAGCAUUGGAAGACUCUUUGACAUCUUGA